UUAGCAGAGGACAGAGAGCGAGAGGGGGAGCCUCCGACCUGGGGGAGAAGGGGUUGCGCUCCAGGCCGGCGGCAGGGAGGGGCGGGGCCGGCGGGCAGCGCGAGGAGGUGCCGUGCGCCCCAGCCCUGCGGGGUCCGCGGCCCGCGCCGACGCCGUGGCCGCCCCUGUCGCUUUGUCGCCGUCGCUCUGAGGGAGGCGGGUUAUGGCGACGGCGGUAGUGGGAGCUGUGAAUGAGUUCUCCGGGAGGACGAGGGAAGAAAAAAGGCUCCGGCGGCCCCAGCAGCCCGGCGCCCCGCAGGCCUCCGCCCCCCUGCGCGGCCCCCGCCCCUCCCGCCGCGGGCCCGGCCCCUCGGCCGUCGUCGCCGCAUAAGCGGAACCUGUAUUACUUCUCCUACCCGCUGUUUGUCGGCUUCGCGCUGCUGCGCCUGGUGGCCUUCCACCUGGGGCUCCUCUUCGUGUGGCUCUGCCAGCGCUUGUCCCGCGCCCUCAUGGCCGCCAAGAGGAGCUCCCGGGCCGCACCGGCGCCAACCUCAGCCUCACCGCCAGCGCCGGAGCCGGGCGGGGAGGCCGAGCGCGUCCGAGCCUUCCACAAGCAGGCCUUCGAGUACAUCUCUGUCGCCCUGCGCAUUGACGAGGACGAGAAAGGACAGAAGGAGCAAGCUGUGGAAUGGUAUAAGAAAGGUAUCGAAGAACUAGAAAAAGGAAUAGCUGUCAUAGUUACAGGACAAGGUAAGGUUGUUUCCAAGGCCACCAGAGAUCAGAGUCGUCAAACUGUAGUCCUUAUGCUUGCCAAGCAGGUGCUUAUGCUGCUGAAGAAGCUUCAACCAGUUUUGCAAUUUUCCAAGUCACAAACGGAAGUCUAUAACGACAGUACUAACUUGACAUGCCGAAAUGGACAUCUCCAGUCAGAAAGUGGAGCUGUUCCAAAAAGAAAAGAUCCUUUAACACAUGCUAGUAAUUCACUGCCUCGUUCAAAAACAGUUAUGAAAACUGGAUCUGCAGGUCUUUCAGGUCACCACAGAGCACCCAGUUGUAGUAGUUUGUCCAUGGUUUCUGGAACAAGACAGGGACCUGGUCCUACAACUGUCACUCAUAAGGGUACUCCAAAAACAAAUAGGACAAAUAAGCCUUCAACCCCUACAACUGCUGCUCGGAAAAAGAAAGACUUGAAGAAUUUUAGGAAUGUGGACAGUAACCUUGCUAACCUUAUAAUGAAUGAAAUUGUGGACAAUGGGACAGCUGUUAAAUUUGAUGAUAUAGCUGGUCAAGAGCUGGCAAAACAAGCUUUGCAAGAAAUUGUUAUUCUUCCUUCUCUGAGGCCUGAGGUGGGAGAAGGCGAAAAAUUGGUAAGAGCUCUUUUUGCUGUGGCUCGAGAACUUCAACCUUCUAUAAUUUUCAUAGAUGAAGUUGAUAGCCUUUUGUGUGAAAGAAGAGAAGGGGAGCAUGAUGCUAGUAGACGUUUAAAAACUGAAUUUCUAAUAGAAUUUGAUGGUGUGCAGUCUGCUGGAGAUGACAGAGUACUUGUAAUGGGUGCAACUAACAGACCACAAGAGCUCGAUGAGGCUGUUCUCAGGCGGUUCAUCAAACGGGUUUAUGUAUCUUUACCAAAUGAGGAGACAAGACUACUUUUACUUAAAAAUCUGUUAUGUAAACAAGGAAGUCCAUUGACCCAAAAGGAACUAGCACAACUUGCUAGAAUGACUGAUGGAUACUCAGGAAGUGACUUAAGAGCUUUGGCAAAAGAUGCAGCCUUGGGACCUAUCCGAGAACUAAAACCGGAACAGGUGAAGAAUAUGUCUGCCAGUGAGAUGCGAAAUAUUCGAUUAUCUGACUUCACUGAAUCCUUGAAAAAAAUAAAACGCAGCAUGAGUCCUCAAACGUUAGAAGCAUACAUACGUUGGAACAAGGACUUUGGAGAUACCACUGUUUAGAGAAAUGCCUUUGUAAGCCUGCAGAACAUUUACUUA